GAAUGCUCAAUAUAGCUACAGUAUUGCAUGUUAACGUAAUAACGUGAGAAAUAGGACCUUAAUAAAUUAAUGAAGCUGACCCGCAACUGCAUAACGCCAACAUGGACGGAAUGAGCAGCGAUGUAGAGCGCGUGAUUGGUUGUUUUCUUUGGACGGAUCUGGAGACAGACGAACACGGGCACGUGUCUGUCACGGAGCUGGGCAGGGUCAUUAGACAAAACGGCAUUUACGUCUCCAAUUUUACCAUUCUUCGUAUCGUCUCGGACGGCGAAACGCCACAGUCGACGAUGAACCAUGAAUCAUUCGUCAACGCAAAAGAGAAACUCAUUCUUGAACUUGCAAACCAGGCUCCGCUUGAGCCGGAAGAAAGGAGAAGGAGAUACAAAGCCCAGUACCUUGAUCUAUGGCGUGAACACUCGCGGUCCAAGGAUGAGAGUGGCGAGAUCCCUAUCUCAGAGCUACCUAACGUCGUCUUCUCCGAGUGUAACCCCACCAGGGAACUACUUGGUGCGCUAAUGGAAGUGAAAAGCGACGGCAGUGAGAGUCUCAACUUUGAGGAGUUCUGUGAGAUGCUGGAGAAUCUGCCGAGAUCGGGAAUGAUUGACGAGGACGCACUUUUAAAGGCGUUCCAGACUGAGGACGUGGACGGGAGCGGUUACGUGUCGCGGACGCAGCUGUACCAGCUGUUGAUCGAGAACGGAAGUGACCCGCUCUCCAAGGAGGAUGUGGACGAUAUGAUGGAAGACUGUGGGGUCGGGGACAGGUUUAAGUACACUGGUACGUAUAAAAUGCUUGUAUUUUAUUUCGUAGUUGUCCAAUGAAUAAGCCAGUUAUUUAUUAUCAAGUAUAAUAACAUGUUACCACACUCUCGCGCAACAUCGUACCAACGAGAGUGACUUAGUAUAAGUUUCAUAGUAUAUAGUAUAGUUCUUAGUAUA